CGCGUCUGGGCGCCGCGGCCGCGUGACGCGUUUUCAAAUCUUCAACCGCCGCAGCCCACUCGUUUGUGCUUUACCUCUUCCUCCUCCGCGCCUUGGAGCCGAACCCGGCCCCGGAAACCCGGACGGUAGACGCGGCAUCUCGGCUGCGUGGGUGUGGUAGUCUGCGGAAGGGAAGAGGCGACCCGCGGAUAAAUCGGCCUCGACGCGCUGUGUUUUCGUGGCCGCCCGGCGCGACACUCUCCCAAACCCAGUAUGUAGGUGCCGGGCGGCUGCCAUGAACUCCGUAGCCAUGAGGAUCCACAGCAAAGGACAUUUCCAGGGUGGAAUCCAAGUCAAAAAUGAAAAAAACAAAUCAUCUUUAAAAUCUAUGAAAACUGAUAACAAACCAGAAAAAUCCAAAUAUAAGCCACUAGGGGGAAAAAUAUUUUACAUUGACUUACCUUCUGUCACCGUAUCUGAAAAACUGCAAAAGGACAUUCAGGAUCUGGGAGGGCGAGUUGAAGAAUUUCUCAGCAAAGAUAUCAGUUACCUUAUUUCAAAUAAAAAGGAAGCUAAAUUUGCACAAACGUUGGGAAGAAUUUCUCCUGUACCAAGUCCAGAAUCUGCAUAUACUGCAGAAACCACCUCACCUCAUCCCAGCCAUGAUGGAAGUUCUUUUAAAUCUCCAGAUUCAGUGUGUUUGAGCAGAGGAAAAUUAUUAGUUGAAAAAGCUAUCAAGGACCAUGAUUUUAUUCCUUCAAAUAGUAUAUUAUCAAAUGCCUUAUCAUGGGGAGUAAAAAUUCUUCAUAUUGAUGACAUUAGAUACUACAUUGAACAAAAGAAGAAAGAAUUAUAUUUACUCAAGAAAUCAAGCACUUCUGUAAGAGAUGUGGGGAAAAGAGUAGGUAUUGGUACACAGAAAGCAAGAACAGGUAGACUUAAAAAACCUUUUGUAAAGGUGGAGGAUAUGAGCCAACUUUAUAGACCAUUUUAUCUUCAGCUGACCAAUAUGCCUUUUAUAAAUUAUUCUAUUCAGAAGCCCUCCAGUCCAUUUGAUGUAGAUAAGCCAUCUAGCAUCCAGAAGCAAACGCAGGUUAAACUAAGAAUCCAAACAGAUGGCAAUAAAUGUGGAAUCCCAAUUCAACUCCAGUUGAAAGAGAAGAAAAAAAAAGGAUACUGUGAAUGUUGCUUGCAGAAAUAUGAAGAUCUUGAAACUCAUCUUCUAAGUGAGCAACAUAAAAACUUUGCACAGAGUAAUCACUAUCAAGUUGUUGAUGAUAUUGUAUCUAAGUUAAUUUUUGACUUUGUGGAAUAUGAAAGAGACAUGCCUAGAAAUAAAAGAAUAAAAUACAGUAUUGGAUCCCUUUCUCCUAUUACUGCAAGUAUCUUGAAAAGGUCUGAACCAAAAGAAAAGCUAGAAUUGCAACAUACUUCUCAGAAAGACUUCAAGGAAAAUAAUGUACAGGUAGUUGAGCAGCGUUUCCUGUAUAAAGAAGUCCAGGAACCUGAACGGAAGUUUGUGUUUAUUUCAGAAUGCAUCCCCUGCCCUUCAAGUGAAUUGAGAGGACUCGAUGAGAAAGCAAAUAGUAAAUGUUCCAAGUUAAAUCCAGUUGAAAAUGACCUAAAACAAAAUUUUACACAUCUACCUCCACAUAAAAAUAAACAGGGAUGUAUUCUUGACAUUUCUGAACAUAAAUUAAUGAUAAAGGAAAGUGACUUAGAAGAACUAAGUGUAGAUCGCUGUCCAUGUAGGCUACAGACAUCUGUACAAGUUUCUAACGUCAGUAUGAAUAAUACUGCAUCUCAACCAAAACAAAAGUCAGAUACUGUGCUUUUUCCAGCAAAGGAUGUGAAGGAAAAGGACCUUCAUUCAAUAGUUGGUCAUGAUUCUGGUCUGUUAGCAAUAAACAGUUCACAGGAGCACCUAACAGUUCAGGCAAAGACUCCAUCCCAAGGUCCCCCUGAGGAACCCAGUGAAUGCAACUUCAACAAUGUGGAUAGUUUACCUUCUGGUAAGAUCCAUCGGAAAGUGAAAAUAUUAUUAGGAAGAAAUAAAAAAGAAAAUCUGGAACCAAAUGUGGAAUUAGAUAAGAAAAGAACUGAAUGUAUUACACAAGAAGGAAACAGAAUUUGUAGUUCACCAGUACAAUCUCUACUAGACUUGUUUCAGACUAGUGAAGAGAAGUCAGAAUUUUUGGGUUUCACAAGCUACACUGAAAACAGUGGUAUAUGUGAUGUUUUAGAUAUUUGGGAAGAAGAAAAUUCAAAUAGUUUGUUGUCAGUGUUUUUCUCUUCCCCUUCAACUUCUACAUUUACUGGCUUUUAGACUUGAAAUAAAUACCUUUCAGAAGUGAUGAAGAUCAUAUUCUUGAAAAUUUUAAUAAUGUGUAUGAGAAUGCUUAGUUUAUUUUCUUUUUGCCAACUUUGUUUACAGAACUAAGUGUAAAUAUUAACAAUAAAGGUGAUGUUUGCAUUUUUCUACAGAAUUGAAUACCUUUUAUAGGAAAAUUGUAGAAUAAACUUGUGACUUAUUUUACACACUA